CGCAGCCUCCCUCUCCUUGCCCCGGGGAGCUCCGGCCCGCAGGCGGCCACAGGGGCUCGCUGCCGGCCCAGGAGGAGCUGGAGAUCCCUAUGAUGUCCGAGGCCGCCAACGCGGGGCAAGGGAAGGAGUGCGAAGCCGCGCCGGGCAAAGGAGGAGUCGCUGCUUCGGCCGCCAGCAUCAACCUCAACCUCAACCCCUCGGCCUCCAAGUUCUUAAUGAAUGUUAUAACGAUAGAAGACUAUAAGAGCACUUAUUGGCCAAAGUUGGAUAGUGCCAUAGAUCAGCUUUUAACGCAGAGUCCUGGUGACUACAUCCCCAUCUCCUAUGAACAAAUAUACAGUUGUGUGUAUAAAUGUGUGUGCCAGCAGCAUUCGGAACAGAUGUAUAGUGACCUAAUAAAAAAGAUAACUAACCACUUAGAGAGAGUCUCAAAGGAGCUGCAGGCCAGCCCACCAGAUCUCUACAUUGAAAUGUUUAACAUCGCACUUGGACAGUAUAUGGGAGCGUUACAGAGCAUUGUACCUCUUUUCAUUUAUAUGAAUAAGUUUUACAUAGAAACCAAACUUAACCGAGACUUAAGAAAUGACCUUAUAAAACUGUUUACGGAACAUGUUGCAGAAAAGCACAUUUACAGCCUGAUGCCUUUACUUCUCGAAGCCCAGUCUACGCCUUUUUGGAUAAACCCUUCCACAAUGUCAAACAUUGUCAAAGGAUUGUAUAUGCUUAGGCCAGAAUGGGUUCAGAUGGCACCAGCUUUAUUUUCAAAAUUUAUUCCAAACAUUCUCCCUCCUGCUGUGGAGUCUGAACUUGAGGAGUAUGCUGCUCAAGACCAGAAACUUCAACAAGAGCUUAUUCAGGAAGGUUUUUCCAGGUUGGACACUCCCCAAAGAAAGCUUCCCCGCUCUCUCCAGACAUCUUUCAAAUCUGUUCACCUUAUCAUUUUAUUCAAAGCCAGGUGAUCAGUCACGUAAAAGACCUGGUGAAGAAUUAACUUACAAUGGUUCAGCGACAUGUGCAAGCUCAAGAGGAUGCAGAUAGUGACUGUACUAGAAGUAUAUUAUAUUCCCAUAGGAAUGGAUGCUGUAACCUGAUUGGAGAGGAGGCUAUCCUGAGGCUGAGUUGGGCCCUACCGAUUACUCAGGUUCUUAGAUGAGAAGGAGUUUGGACUUAGUUCUUGCCAUGUAAUAAAAUGCCUGUUUGCUGCUAUUGUGGAGCUAAUUUGGAAUGAUGUUGCCAAUCUUAGAACGUUCUUUGGCAACCCUGUGAGGAAUAUACCUGUUUUGUUUUGUUUUUUAAAUCAUUGCUUUACUAAAACUUUGUAGCCAAAAAAGCACUUCCUCCGAAAUAAUUUUUUGCACUUUUUUUUUAAUGUGUGGACAUCGUUGGAUUAGAAGCCUGUGCCCAUUUGGAAUUUUCCAGAAGAUUUGCUCAGCAAUUAUUGACCGUUGACAGUAUUUAUUUCUACAAAACAUUUGCUUCUCAUUCUCCGUUUCAUGCAACUGGCCCUUUUAUGUUCCAUAUAUAAAAGUAGUUUCACUGAUUCAACCCUGUCUUUUUUACAGGUUGCAAAACUAUGUAGACAGGUUAGACAAAGCUGUAAUCUCCUUGCAUCCUCUUCCAUGUGACAAAUAAUAACUCAAAUUCAAAUGUUCAUUGUAUGUUGUUGGCUUCAGUAAUUAUUGCAGAGAAUUAAAUAUAAUGAUGUUCUAAUACUGUAUGGAAUUUCUAUUCAGAUUUGAGAUGUUAGUAUACGACAGUGGGAGAAAAAGAUUCUGGGCCAGGUUGUCUACUGUGCUGUUCUGUAGCAGUACAGGAGGUAUCUGUUAGGUUUUUAAUGAAGCGGCUGAUUGAAUACCUUGCUUUUGGCUAUUGCAGGUACAAGUGUGUGACUGAAACUUUCCUUGCACUUGUAGCUUAUGUUGAGGCAGCCAGGUGCUUGAAGUCAAUCUUACUUCUUUGUUGCUUUUUACCACUUUGCAGGAAAUGAAGGGAAUUCCCUGUUUGAGUCACACAUAAAAGUAUUUUGGGGAAUCUUGGCUCCUUCUUUCUUUGUUAAAGUGUGAGCAUGGGUUCUGAAUAAUCUGCAGUUGUCUAUGCAUAUGGGUAUGAAUUUAUCUGCAGCAAUAUGUACCUCAUAAGGAAAAUCCUUCUCUUUUUGCUCUUGAGUCAUAGACUGUCUCCUCAGCCCAUCUCAUGUUCUCUGAAAAAAUACAACACAUAAGAGAUACUUAAAGGAGCCUCUGCUGGUUUUCUGGAAACAAAAUGUGUUUCUGUGUGAAAAGGGCAGACUCCAAUAAAAAGCAAGUUAGUUUGCUACUGAGCCAAUUUGUGUGCAGCUGUCCUAAGAUCUUAGUGUCCCAGAGAAGACCAGGGUGAGCCCAUGAAGAGGUGUCCCUCUGAGCAUUUUGGUGGCUCUCCAAGCUACCCCAUGCCCUCAUUCCCCACCCACUCCCCAAAAAACCCUUUUUUAUCUCCCAAAGUCUUACUGCAGUGUACAGUUUGGGACUUUGGGGAGUAUCCCAAGAUCCUCACCCCCAAAAAAUGCAAUAACAACAACAGAAGAAGAAGAAAAGAAACAGAAGUGCCCAUCUGAACACCUGUGGAGUUUUUGUUGUUCUUUAAUUGCCAUUUCCAGCCAUUGCCACCCUUUCACUGGGCCUGGAAACUGGGCGUCCAAACCCGCCUCUGUAUUAAGGAAUGUAAAGAAUGAUAUGCCAGUCUCUCUCAAUUGAAAAGGUAAUUUGAUUGUCCCACUUUGGGGCACAGAUUAUACAACAUCUGUACAAUAUUAAAAUGUUGUUUGGUGAGUUUCUGAGAUGCAAAGAAUUAUGGCUGAAGUGUGUAGCACAUGGGCCUUAAGUGCCUCCGCACCAGAUUUUGUGGCCCCAUCAUGCCCUUGCCAUCAGAAUUGCCGGCAGUAGUUUAGAGGUGCUACAAUGGAAAAAGAGGCACAUUUCAUGUUAAAAACAAAGCCCCAAGGAUACGAGAGCCUUGUUUUAUAGUACAGUCAUGCCCCUAGAUGUCUCCCAGAAGCACUGUUGGGUUUUAAAGCAAGAUGUGCACUCCUGGAAUGAUCUGUUGAUAACAAGAAGUUGUCCUCUUGGUGGUGCUGGUGAUGGGGUGAUGACUUCCAGCACUGUGGAAGUUACUGUAGUAUAAAUGUGACAGAAUAACAGAAGUUCAGAAGUUACAAUUUUAUUAGGAGGGACAAAAAGGGGAGAUGCUUGCCAUUUGAAAAGUAGAUGAAAGCUAGAGUCAUGCACAUGAACCACCAUGCCAGUGGGCAAUAAGGCACUUGGGCAUCACAAAGAAAAGGAAACUUGUUGCUGUUGUAUCUCAGGUUAAUGAAAGCCAAGUGCUGUCUAGACAACUUGCAAGUGUGCUGUUAGUCAUCCUUUUAGAUGGCUAAAAAGCUAGAUCCUCUCCGCUGUUUUAAUCUUCAAAGGGUUUUAUCUUUGUGAGCUGAGCAUGAAACAACAGCAAAAUCUAAGAGACAAUGGUUAAGUGGUGCCUCGCUUAACGAUUGCCCCGCAUUAUGACGGAUCUGCUUUAUGACGAUCUUUUUGCGAUCGCAAUUGCAAUCUGAAACUUAUCUACGUAGGUGACUGCAAAAUAACAAGCUGCUGAUGACCAGUGACACAGAUCCCAGUGCUUUGUGACACAGUUUGAUUUAGAAAGACCAAAGGCAAAGAAAUCUGAAGUCCAGAUAGGCUCUACGGCUUGGAGACGGGGAUGAGCACCGAGCCUUAGAGUCAGACACAACUGGACUAAAUGUUGAGGAGAACCUUUACCUUUACUGCAUCUGGGUAGUACAAGAAUUAUCUAUUCAGUGAGACCACCAUUGACCUACCAUCUUGCGCCAUCUUGAGAUCAUUCAUAAAGUAUGAAAAGGCAACAGGAGCAUAGAGAAGUGUUCUUGGUGACUGUGACAUUGAACCUACUCCUUUGAGUCCUUGGUUAUAGCAUCAGCCUGGCUGUCCUUGGGAAGCCUUUCUGUUUGGGCUGACUUCUGGUUACACUGCUAUAGAACCAGAUUCCAAUUUAAUAAAUUAUUGACAUAGGUGUCAGAGUGAAACUAAAUGGAUAGAAUGGAAAUUUAAAAUAAAGUAACCUUUUGAUGUUUUUAUGUGCACAUUUUAUUAUGCACUUGCCAGAGAUUGUGUGGCACUCUAGAUGUUUUGGGGCUACAGCUCCUACCAUCUUCAACCCAGAGCAAAUGGUGAAAAAUAAUAUGAGCUAUGGCACAGUCUGUUUCCAGGUACAGUUUUAUUUGUGUCAUUGAAUAUUGAGCCAUACAACACAACCUUUGAAAUUUGUCCUCCUCAGAGGUUUUAAGACAAAGCAUUCCUUUUAUGUGGUCAAUGUUCUGCACAAGUUUUAAACAUGUUUGAGCCAUAUGUAGCAUCUGGCCUGAAUAUGAAGCCUGAGAACUUUUUGUAAAUAAAGAAAUAAAUAAAAAUACUGUAUCAUGUUGUAAAUUAGUAUGGAGAUUUCUGUAUGUUUUGGCAACGGAUGCUGAAAUCAUUUGUUUUCCCAUCUUCAAAGGGUUUUAUCUUUGUGAGCUGAGCAUGAAACAACAGCAAAAUCUAAGAGACAAUGGUUAUUUUGUGAAUGUUUUCCUUCAAAAGUUGGUGAAUUAGUGUAUUAGGUCUUUAAAGCCAUGACUUAUCAAACAGCAUGGUCCUGGUGCUUCUGUGAACCAGAUAACUUGCCACCUGUGUGUAUGGGUUUUUUCCCCACAUGAGACCUAAACCGAAGUUUUAUGCGUUGGAUGUCAUCUUAUGUAUCAAAUUUGUUUCCUGGGAGACUUGCUCUAUUAAAAGUAUUUUUUGACAAA